AUGGAUAACCCAAGGGUUCCUUUAGAACAAAAACGCGUAAUGAUAGCUUCGAAAAUUACUAAACUUCAGGAUGAACUAACAGCUGAAGGUGUUAAAACUAAGUCCAUUAGCUAUCGCUUUACAAAAGUAAAAGAAUCAUUUGAACAAUAUGAAAGACUUAUUGAGAAACUCGAAUUAACUACACCAGAGGAUAAUGAAAUAAAUCUCGCGGAAGACGUUCCGGGAAAUACCACCCUUUUUGAGACUCAACGACUUGCUAAACUCCCUACUACUGAUUUACCUAAAUUCGAUGGUAAUUUUGAAAAUUGGCUAUCUUUCAAAAACACAUUUAAAACACUUAUUGAUACACGUAAUGAUCUUGAUGAUCUAAACAAAUUUUUAUACCUCCGCGGAUGUUUAACUGGCUCAGCAGCUAACAAGCUAGCGCUUUUUGAUGCGAGUGCAGAAAAUUAUACUAAAGCUUGGGAUUUUUUAACUAAAACAUAUCAGAAGAAAAGAGCAUUAAUUUUUAAACAUUAUGACUCGAUACUUAAUCUCAAUACAAUUUCAAUCCCAACAACAGAUAAUUUAAACAAGUUGAUAGAUGAUGCUCGGCAACAUAUAAAUAAUUUACAGUCACUUCAAAUUAAUAUUACCGAAUCCUUACUUGUACGAAUAUUAGAAAAUAAAUUACCAUCAGAAAUUAAAAACAAAUGGCAAGAAACGUUCACUGACAACGACACUCUUCCAACAUUCGAAUCAUUUUGUGAAUUUGUCUCAAACUUUGCCUUCAGACUUAGUACACACAAACCCGAUAAACAUCGCGAUUCCGAUCAUUCCUUCAAACGAAGACGUAAUGAACACUCGAAUAAUAAUUUGAAGAAACAAAAAACUGACACGCCAGUUCGAGCUUUAGUGACAACUGCCUCUUCUGCCUGCCCAUGUUGCAAACACUUACAUCCUCUCUAUAAAUGUUACACAUUCAAUGCAUUAACUGUAGGAGAACGCAUAAAAUUUGUAAAAUCUAAUAAACUCUGUAAUAAUUGUCUUCGCGUACAUAAAGGAACUUGCAAUUCGGGAAAAUGUCGAGUCUGUAACAAAUUACACCAUACUAUGUUACACAUUAAACAAAAUGUAACUCAACAAACAAAUAAUACUAAUGUAUCAAAAAAUAAUUCUGCUAAAAUCGAAUCACCCACUACUGUAACAACUGAUAAGGGAUCAACAGCCUGA